GAGGACAAGCGCGCGCACACACACACCCUGGGAGCAGAAACAUCUUCCAUGGUUUCGUGGGUUUCUCUUCCCACCAGAGCCAGUGUGUGAGAGGAAAUCUCGGGGCUUUGCUCUAUCGAAAGUGCUCGUCUGGGUGAUUUUUGAUCACCACAAUCCAGAAGUGCUGGCAUUCGAAUGCAUUUUCUUCUGCUUUGCAAAGAAGAGUCGUGAACUUCAAAACCCUGGAGACGGAUUUUUAAUCCUGCUUAUUAGGCAAGGAAAACCCUCAAUCCCCGGCCACUGGCCACCCCUCUCCGGAGACUCUGCAAUAGCUGAGCGCUCACAGCCGGAAGGGGACGCUUUGGGAAUGACCAUGCUCCACGGAGGGACAGAGCCGGCCCCCAGCAUCUCCACACAGAGCCUCCUCUACUAAAGCUCCAAAAAUCAAAAAAACCAUAAUUGCCAGAGGAAUCAUUAAAAAAAAAAAAUAGCCCAGCCACUAACCUCACAUGCAAACGGAAUAAUUACUCUGGAUUCUGCAUUGUGAGCUGCUCUCCAUACCCUGACUUGCCUUUGAAUUCAAUCUUUUUUCCUUUGAAUGUGAUCUCUUCAAGACACAAGAUUAAAACAAAAUUCACGCUAAAUUGGAUUUUAAAUUAUCUUCCUUUUAUUUACCCUUCGUCUUUCUUAUGUGGAUAUGCAAGCGAGAAGAGGAGACUGGACAUUCCCAACAUGCUCACUCCCUUAACCCGACCGUCUAGAGGUUUGGCUUCUACAAACCAAGGGAGUCGACGAGUUGAAGAUGAAGCCCAGAGCAGAGUGCUGUUCUCCCAAGUUCUGGUUGGUGUUGGCCGUCCUGGCUGUGUCAGGCAGCAGAGCUCGUUCCCAGAAGAGCCCACCCAGCAUUGGCAUUGCCGUCAUCCUUGUGGGCACUUCAGACGAGGUGGCCAUCAAGGAUGCCCACGAGAAAGAUGAUUUCCACCAUCUCUCCGUGGUGCCCCGUGUGGAGCUGGUAGCCAUGAAUGAGACCGAUCCAAAGAGCAUCAUCACCCGUAUCUGUGAUCUCAUGUCCGACCGGAAGAUCCAGGGGGUGGUGUUUGCUGACGACACUGACCAGGAAGCCAUCGCCCAGAUCCUUGACUUCAUUUCAGCCCAGACUCUCACCCCCAUCCUAGGCAUCCACGGGGGAUCCUCUAUGAUAAUGGCAGAUAAGGAUGAAUCCUCCAUGUUCUUCCAGUUUGGCCCAUCAAUUGAACAGCAAGCUUCCGUAAUGCUCAACAUCAUGGAAGAGUAUGACUGGUACAUCUUUUCUAUUGUCACCACCUACUUUCCUGGCUAUCAGGACUUUGUAAACAAGAUUCGCAGCACCAUUGAGAAUAGCUUCGUGGGCUGGGAGUUAGAGGAAGUCCUCCUGCUGGACAUGUCCCUGGAUGAUGGCGAUUCUAAGAUCCAGAAUCAGCUCAAGAAACUCCAAAGCCCCAUCAUUCUUCUUUAUUGUACCAAGGAAGAGGCCACCUACAUCUUUGAAGUGGCUAACUCAGUAGGACUGACUGGUUGUGGCUACACAUGGAUUGUGCCUAGUCUGGUGGCCGGGGACACAGACACGGUGCCCUCGGAGUUCCCCACUGGGCUCAUCUCUGUGUCCUAUGAUGAAUGGGACUAUGGCCUCCCUGCCAGAGUGAGGGAUGGAAUUGCCAUAAUCACCACCGCUGCUUCUGACAUGCUGUCUGAACACAGCUUCAUCCCUGAGCCCAAGAGCAGUUGUUACAACACCCACGAGAAGAGAAUCUACCAGUCCAAUAUGUUAAAUAGGUAUCUGAUCAAUGUCACUUUUGAGGGGAGGAAUCUGUCCUUCAGCGAAGAUGGCUACCAGAUGCACCCCAAACUGGUGAUAAUCCUUCUGAACAAGGAGAGGAAGUGGGAGAGGGUGGGGAAGUGGAAGGACAAGUCCCUGCAGAUGAAGUACUACUUGUGGCCCCGAAUGUGCCCCGAGACGGAAGAGCAGGAGGAUGACCACCUGAGCAUUGUAACGCUGGAGGAGGCUCCAUUUGUUAUUGUGGAAAGUGUGGACCCUCUGAGUGGAACCUGCAUGAGGAACACAGUCCCCUGCCAAAAACGCAUAGUCUCCGAGAAUAAAACAGAUGAGGAGCCUGGUUACAUCAAAAAAUGCUGCAAGGGGUUCUGUAUUGACAUCCUUAAGAAAAUUUCCAAAUCUGUGAAGUUCACCUAUGAUCUUUACCUGGUGACCAAUGGCAAGCACGGGAAGAAAAUCAAUGGAACUUGGAAUGGUAUGAUUGGAGAGGUGGUCAUGAAGAGGGCCUACAUGGCGGUGGGGUCGCUGACCAUCAACGAGGAGCGAUCUGAGGUGGUUGACUUCUCUGUGCCCUUCAUAGAGACUGGCAUCAGUGUCAUGGUGUCUCGCAGCAAUGGGACUGUCUCACCUUCUGCCUUCUUAGAGCCCUUCAGCGCUGAUGUCUGGGUUAUGAUGUUUGUGAUGCUGCUCAUUGUCUCGGCCGUGGCUGUCUUUGUCUUUGAGUACUUCAGCCCUGUGGGUUAUAACAGGUGCCUCGCGGACGGCAGAGAGCCAGGGGGCCCGUCUUUUACCAUUGGCAAAGCUAUUUGGCUACUCUGGGGCCUGGUGUUUAACAACUCCGUACCCGUGCAGAACCCCAAGGGGACCACCUCCAAGAUCAUGGUGUCAGUGUGGGCCUUCUUUGCCGUCAUCUUCCUGGCCAGCUACACUGCCAACUUAGCUGCCUUCAUGAUCCAAGAGGAGUAUGUGGACCAGGUUUCUGGCCUGAGUGACAAAAAGUUCCAGAGACCUAAUGACUUCUCACCCCCUUUUCGCUUCGGGACUGUGCCCAAUGGCAGCACAGAGAGGAAUAUUCGCAAUAACUACGCAGAAAUGCAUGCCUACAUGGGGAAGUUCAACCAGAGGGGUGUGGAUGAUGCAUUGCUCUCCUUGAAAACAGGGAAACUGGAUGCCUUCAUCUAUGAUGCAGCAGUGCUAAACUACAUGGCAGGCAGAGAUGAAGGCUGCAAGCUGGUGACCAUUGGCAGUGGGAAGGUCUUUGCUUCCACUGGUUAUGGCAUUGCCAUCCAAAAAGAUUCUGGGUGGAAGCGCCAGGUGGACCUUGCUAUCCUGCAACUCUUCGGAGAUGGGGAGAUGGAGGAGUUGGAAGCUCUCUGGCUCACUGGCAUUUGCCACAAUGAGAAGAAUGAGGUCAUGAGCAGCCAGCUGGACAUUGAUAACAUGGCAGGCGUCUUCUACAUGUUGGGGGCAGCCAUGGCUCUCAGCCUCAUCACCUUCAUCUGCGAACACCUUUUCUAUUGGCAAUUCCGGCAUUGCUUUAUGGGUGUCUGUUCCGGCAAGCCUGGCAUGGUCUUCUCUAUCAGCAGAGGCAUCUACAGCUGCAUCCAUGGCGUGGCCAUUGAGGAGCGUCAGUCGGUGAUGAAUUCCCCCACCGCGACCAUGAACAACACCCACUCCAACAUCCUGCGCCUGCUCCGCACAGCCAAGAACAUGGCGAACCUGUCCGGUGUGAACGGCUCCCCGCAGAGCGCGCUGGACUUCAUCCGCCGCGAGUCCUCCGUCUACGACAUCUCCGAGCACCGCCGCAGCUUUACGCAUUCCGACUGCAAAUCCUACAACAACCCUCCGUGCGAGGAGAACCUCUUCAGCGACUACAUCAGCGAGGUGGAGAGGACUUUCGGUAACCUGCAGCUGAAGGACAGCAACGUGUACCAAGAUCACUACCACCACCACCACCGGCCCCACAGCAUCGGCAGCACCAGCUCCAUCGACGGGCUCUACGACUGUGACAACCCGCCCUUCACCACCCAGCCGAGGUCCAUGAGCAAGAAGCCGCUGGACAUUGGCCUCCCGUCCUCCAAACACAGCCAGCUCAGUGACCUGUACGGCAAGUUCUCCUUCAAGAGUGACCGCUACAGUGGCCACGACGACCUGAUCCGCUCGGACGUGUCCGACAUCUCCACGCACACCGUCACCUACGGGAACAUCGAGGGCAACGCCGCCAAGAGGCGCAAGCAGCAAUACAAGGACAGCCUGAAGAAGCGGCCGGCCUCGGCCAAGUCCCGGCGGGAGUUCGACGAGAUCGAGCUGGCCUACCGGCGCCGGCCGCCCCGCUCCCCGGACCACAAGCGCUACUUCAGGGACAAAGAAGGGCUACGGGACUUCUACCUGGACCAGUUCCGCACGAAGGAGAACUCGCCGCAGUGGGAGCACGUGGACCUGACCGACAUCUACAAGGAGCGGAGCGAAGACUUUAAGCGAGACUCCGUCAGUGGAGGGGGUCCCUGUACCAACAGGUCUCACCUCAAACACGCGACGGGUGACAAGCACGGUGUGGUCAGUGGGGUCCCCGCGCCUUGGGAGAAGAACCUGACCAACGUGGAGUGGGACGACCGCUCCGGGGGCAACUUCUGCCGAAGCUGCCCCUCAAAGCUGCACAACUACUCCUCGACGGUGGCGGGGCAGAACUCGGGUCGGCAGGCGUGCAUCCGGUGCGAGGCCUGCAAGAAAGCAGGGAACCUGUAUGACAUCAGCGAGGACAACUCCCUGCAGGAGCUGGACCAGCCGACUGCCCCCUUGGCGGUGACGUCAAACGCCUCCACCACCAAGUAUCCCCAGAGCCCAACCAACUCCAAGGCCCAGAAGAAGAACCGGAACAAGCUCCGCCGGCAGCACUCCUACGACACCUUCGUGGACCUGCAGAAGGAAGAAGCCGCCUUGGCCCCGCGCAGCGUGAGCCUGAAAGACAAGGGCCGGUUCGUGGAUGGGAGUCCCUACGCCCACAUGUUUGAGAUGCCAGCUGGUGAGAGCACCUUUGCCAACAACAAGUCCUCAGUGCCCACUGCCGGACACCACCACCACAACAACCCCGGCAGCGGCUACAUGCUCAGCAAGUCGCUUUACCCUGACCGGGUCACGCAAAACCCUUUCAUCCCCACUUUUGGGGACGACCAGUGCUUGCUCCAUGGCAGCAAAUCCUACUUCUUCAGGCAGCCCUCGGUGGCAGGGGCGCCGAAAGCCAGGCCGGACUUCCGUGCCCUUGUCACCAACAAGCCAGUGGUCUCGGCCCUUCAUGGGGCUGUGCCAGGCCGUUUCCAGAAAGACAUCUGUAUAGGGAACCAGUCCAACCCCUGUGUGCCUAACAACAAAAACCCCAGGGCUUUCAAUGGCUCCAGCAAUGGUCAUGUUUAUGAGAAACUUUCUAGUAUCGAGUCUGAUGUCUGAGUGAGGGAAGAGAGAGGUUAAGGUGGGUAUGGGAGGGCAGGGCUGUGGGCGUGUGGUGCGCAUGUCACGGAGGGUGACGGGGGUGAACUUGGUUCCCAUUUGCUCCUUUCUUGUUUUAAUUUAUUUAUGGGAUCCUGGAGUUCUGAUUGUUUCGGAGGGCAUCCCUGGUGACCAGCAUUAUCUCGCCUCCCUUUCCAGUUCGCUCCUCCUUCCCCCAUCUGUGUCAUUCCUGUUCCCACGAGAGGAUGCAGUGGGCUCGCUCAGCAUGGGAAGCCAAAGUGGAGAAAGGAAGUGGCGGCUUGUGAGCCUUCUCCUAGCGUGGAAGGACUCUGUCACCCACUUUGAGUGAAGCAAGGAGAAGCAAAAGGAGACCACGUGAGCACAGGGUAGCUGUUCCCAAAAUGAUCUUUAUGUUUAGGUGAGACAGCAAAGCAUUCAGAUAAGACCAUGUAGCAUACUUGCCUGUGAAUGAAGAGAGGCUUUUGCUAAAUUCUUGGUGCUUUGAUGGCAUCUGUUUAGGGAUCAUGUGCCAAGCAGAGGUGGGGGAAGCCAUGUGUGUUAGUAUAUAAGCCAAAAAAUGCUUGCUUCUAUUCCAUGAGACUCAUUAGUGGUGAACAAAAGGUCAUUGGUGGAUGAUGAAAAGUACAUCAUAGCAGUCUUUCAUGGUGCCUUAGAGGCAAGAGAGGAUGGACUGCGUGUGUAUGUGUGUCCAAAUACACUUGCACACAUGUAAUCGAUACAUGUGUGUAGGCAAUAGCCUACAAAUGUAGAGAAAGCAAUCCUGACAUAUGUUUCAAUAUCCCUCAGCAAUCUGCUUUUUUUUGGCUUAUAUACAAACAGAGAUGGUCAUGUGUUACCUAAAAUUGUGGCUGUCUUGUCCCUUCACCCUUCCUGAAUGAGAAGAAUGGAAAUUCUUGACAGAGAAGAUUCUGUGGUCUAGACAGAAAGGUGGCAAGCAAUCCUGCAAGAGCAAGGUACAAAAGUAAUGUCUCCAGCUGCCAAUACUUUCAACUGAUUUUGGCCAAGAACUUUCCAGGAAGGCUAAAGGGAAAUAGAAGUAGCCAUGAUUUUUUUGCCCACACCUGAGAGCAAAAGUUUCUAUAAAGCUCUCUUGAGCUUUAGACCCUCAGCUGGUCAAGGUUUGGGGAGGAGGUGAGUGGCUUUGAAAAAUAGGGGCUUAGUUUUUGGUAGGGUAAGUGAGAGAGGGGGAUGUUUUCAAUGCUUUGAUCCCUUCUUACUUAACCUGGAGCUAGGAGAGCAGGCUUGUUCCCCCAGAAUCAAUCACAACCACCCAGGGAACAGACAGGUAAGAGGAAUGAGCUUGCUCCUGAGUACAGCUCUGAGACAUGGAGGGAAGGGAAGAGAUUUAGAAGUAGGGAGGGGAAAUGGGAGGGCACCCCUGCUACCCCACUGGUCUGUCUCCCUGAGAACGUGACAUUGAGCCAGUGUGAACACCCUCGGUAGAAACCCUUCCACCUUCCUGCAGCAUCUCCUUUCCCUCCUAGAGUGCACCAGUCAAGAAUAAAGUAUAUAUGGAAAAACUCCAGGAAUGAGGGUACUGGCAGAUAUGAUGCCUCUUUCACUAAAAGUUGGAAACUUGAGAAAGGAAAUGAAUAUUUGUCACUGCCAGUCCUGAAACUUGGGGUAGGGGUGUUGUAUGGGCCGUUCCGCUGUCCUGCCAUCCUCCCCUUACACAGGUGGCAGCCAGAAAGCCCCGGGUCUGUUUGGAAGCUUGACGGCAGGAUCUCCAUGUUGCACACAGGACACAUAAACCAGAAAGGUGCUCAUCCUCCUCUGGAAGGAAGCUGCCAUGUCUCUUCAAGUCACACACCCUCCAGGGCUGCUCUCUGCCUUCUGUUUGCCCUGACUCUCUACCCUUCCUCAUUCCCUGCCCUUGACUGCUCUCCCCACCCUCCUCCUUGAUUUUUACCUCAGUAUCUUUCAUUUUAAAGCCAACUGAAGGCCUUGUAAAGCUUUGUUUUCUUUCUAAGACAAGCCUGGGGGCAAGGGGCUGAACCUCUCACAAACUUGGAGAGAGGAGCAUGGAGUGCUUUACUUUAGAUUCAAGGAGAGACUUUGAGAGAGAGGACACAGGGUGUGAGUCGUCUCCAGGAGGAAGAAGGAGAAGGGCCAUAUAAACAUUGCUUCACCCUGACUCUGUCCAAAGUCAGGGGCUCCUCCCCUCACUCUUCCUCUUACCUCACCCCUUUCAAAUAAAAAAAAAAACCAAACCAACUAACCUAGCGAACAGCAAUCUAGAACAAAGGGGGCUCUGUCGGUCUCCGCUGUUGACGGAAAUCAAGAUGGUGUUUAUUUCACAUGUAAAUAUUUUGUUUUCUAAUUAAUUUUGUAUAGAUAAAGUGUUCUCUUGUGAGUAUUCAGGGUGUUGGGCUGGAGGGAGUGGGGUGGGGAUGGGAAUGAAGUGGGGAAAGUGUCCUGUUAAUGGGUUUUCAUUUUCCAUUGGGGAGAUUGUUUUGUAUGGCUUUUGCUUCAGGGUAUCUGGAAAAAAGUGAAUGUGAGUGGAGGCCACUGUUGUGAAAAAGCCAGGGCAAGUGAUCUGUGUUUAUGCUUCCCCACCUCACUGUUCUUACUAGUCUGUGAGAAGUGUUCAUGCUCAUCAGCCUGGGCUUCCUUAGCACAGGGUCCCAUUAGCUCUAAGCAAACCCUGGGUCCAGUAGUCUGCAGAUUACCAGCAUUCCAUGCAAAGUCAAGCUGGUGGUAGCACGUUUUCCCUGUCAGCACCCAGGGUAAGAAAGAUUCCCAAGAGGGCUUAAACUGCAAUUGAGGUCAAGUUAACCUGUCAUUCCUGAUGUGACUAAGAGGUGUCAGGAAGCUCAGUCCUAAGAAAUAUCCCAGCAGCCCCCUCUGGUGUUCAACAACCAUCUCAGCCACUCUGACCCUUCUUCCAAGUACCUGGGCCCCCACCUGCUUACUGCCCCUUCCCUCCCUCCUUGGAAACCAGGACUGCAAGCACACCCAGAAAAUUUCCACUAGGUCUGUUUUAAAUCAUGUGAUAUCUGGCUACCGGGAAGUAGCACUGGUUGCCUGUCUUAAAAUUUUUGAAAAGAUUACCAGAUCUGCCCUGGCUGGUGUGGCUCAAAGGAUUCAGUGCGGGCCCGU